UUAGAUCAUCUCUUUCAUCGAAAUUUUCUAUUCUGAUUCUGAUUUUCUGGAGAAAUUGUUUUUUAUAUCUAGAACGAAUUACAAAAGAACUCCAAUACACUUUUUGAAGACUUUAAGCAUGAAGUGCUAGAAAUGACCCUUCCCGUUAUGGACGAGCUGGAUAGAUUUUUAAGCGAAACAGAUAACGCAACGCUAUUUUUGCUCUUCAACGAAACCUCUCGAGGAAACGGCCCGGCUAUUUAUUCUCAUUCGGACACACACUCCUCGCACGCCGCCCUGCUCAUCUCUUUUGGGAUUUUAGUAGUCGCGUCUUUCAUGUCGAAUAUCUUCGUUUGCUGUGUUAUUAUGCGAAAUAAGAAAAUGCACACCGUCACUAACAUGUUCAUGUUGAAUAUGGCCGUGUCUGAUCUGAUUUUAGUACUUCUGAACGUGCCACUGAAUCUAGCAAGACAUAUCAUGAAUGAAUGGACUCUCGGAAAACCCCUCUGUCAUCUGCUCAACUAUUCUUUAAUGGCUUCGGUAUAUGUGUAUUCCUUCACCUUAACCGCCAUAGCAUUAGAUAGACAUCGGGUUCUUCUGUAUCCUCUUCACCCCAGAAUUACCAAGAAACAAUGUCUGACGGUCAUGUUUUUGAUUUGGACUUUCUCGUUCGCCUUAGCCAUUCCCUAUGGAAUUUUUACAGAGGUGGGAUAUGUGGAUAUAUUUGUUGCUCGAAUACAACGAUGUAAAUCCAAUUACCCAGAUCCCAGAGGGGUUUGGGAGCAGUGUCUCACAAUCUUUACAAUAACGUUACAAUAUGUGCUUCCGUUGAUCAUUAUUGGUUUGGCGUAUUGUCGUGUGGUGCACAAGCUCUGGCUCCGAACACAUCUUGGUGUUGUCACGGAAGUACAACGAGUGAUCCAAAUUAAUGCCAAAAGAAGAAGUAUAAAAUUGCUAAUUGCUGUAGUGGUCGUUUUUGCCAUUUGCUGGAUGCCUCUGAAUUUAUAUCACAUUCUUACAGACUUCCACCCCGAUACCACCGUGUUUUAUUACAGCAGUACCGGCUUCUUCAUCUGUCACUGGAUUGCUAUAAGCAGUACGUGUAUCAAUUCUGUGCUGUAUUGUUGGAUGAAUCCGACCUUCCGUUCUCAGCUUAGACCCACGUGUUGUGGGGCACCUGCAAGAAACCAGUUUGAACAAGAUUACUUUGACGCGUAUUUAGCAUCUAGACAGAAUGUGCGAUAUUGCACUGUGAAUUCCUCGUCGUCCACUGAUGGCCAGCGUGCUGAUCGCACAUUAACAAAAAAAUUCUCAUACAAAAUAACAUUCAAGUCGAAGGUGAAAUACAACGAAACAUAUCUUUAAUAUUUAUACAUGUUUUUGAAACUUGAAAAAAGGUAUUUUUAUGUUUCAUAUGUGUGUUGUCAUAUAAAGCAAUUAAGUUAUGAAAUUAAGAAAACUGGGGAGUCAAUAUAGGUUUUGUUUUUCGAAAUUCCAAUCCCAAGCGUACGCACGUUUUCAACCUUCAUCGGCAUCGAUCAAUGCUUGUAAUGUGUUUCAAAUUGUAAAUAAAAGUAUUUGCUAGUCCGUUAGUGUAAAUCAAGAUAGAAACAUUACAAGAGAAUUAACUGAUUCUUAAUAGAGUAGAUGCUGAAACCGGCUACCAGAGCUAAUCAAACGAUAGCUGGUCCGCGAUCUUUGACACGUACUAUUUCGGUGCGGAUCCUAGUAUUUCACGAAACGUUGGCGUUCAAUAUUGGUCCAGGUAUCGCCCACUGAAAAUUUUUAAUGUAGAAUUUAGAAAAAUUUUAUUGCUAAAAAUAUUAGCUACAUAUAUACUAAAUACAAUAUAUUGCAUCACAACAUAUCAUAAUUUAAUUUUACUUGUAACACGCAAUUUGAUUGGCUGAGCACGCUGAAAAAAAUUUCGUUUAUAUAGUAUAAAUGUAACUUAGUAUGGGGACCCCCCCCCCCUCCACCCACCCCUUGACAAACAAGACGGCACUACUUUUUCUUUUCUAGUUUUACAGUUUUUCGCGGUUUAUAAGUGUAAACUGCCCCAAACCAAUUUAUAUCGUAUAAGAUUAAAAAAAAAUUAAAUGCAUUCCUUAAAUCAAUAUGAAAACAUAAGAAAACCAACUUGAAUAUAGAGAUGUAACGUAGAAAGAGGAUUGUGUUUGAAUUAUUUUAACUGCAUUUUAAUGAUAAACCCAUGUUGUACUCUUUAGGUUAAGUGUAUCCAUACGCAGUGAUAAUCCUAUUUAAAGUUGAAAUUCAUGAAAUAUUAACCAUCAGUUUCAGGGAAAACGAAAUGAAUGUAAAUAUUGCUAGUUGCCUUCCUUUGCAGAUUCAGAAAAAAGUCUGUUUCAUUUUUGUUAUGGAAUUAUUCAUCCUUAUUCAAACAAUUUGCCCUAAUGCAUUAGAGAAUCUUAAAUAAUAUUUGCUCAUAAAUGCAAAGUCGGAAUCACUAAAUUCUGGUAGCCGUAUGAAUACUGUCGAAUAUGUCGUCUGCAUCUCGGCUACAUGUAUCGGUAAUUUUGUAAUAAUAAUAGUAACAAUCUAUACCAUACUACCCCCUAAUAAAAUUGUUAUUACCCCUUAUUAGGGGGUGGUAUGGUAUAGACCCCUACUGUUAUCAUUACAAACAAAAUUACCGGUUCCUGUGCUCGCGAUCGACCGCACGUGCGCAGAAUGAAAACAAAGCUUUGUUGUGCAUUCCCGUCUCAGACAACGAAAUGCACCUCAUUUGAUGUCUAGAGAAGUUUAUCUUAUCUCUAAUGUGCACGUGGUCAAUAUCACCAAGCAAACACAAGAAAUUAAUCCAAGUGCGGGAGUUUUCAACAAUUCUUCAUUCAAUAUUUGUACUUUCAAUUACUCGAAGUGACAACAUGGCCGACUGGCAUACAUGUACCUACGCUGAUUACAAUUAGAUAUGUUUGAAAAGAUAUGAAGUGUUAAAGUUCAGAUUGUACAAUUUUGUUAAUAAUUUGUUAUUUAUGAUAUAUGAUAGAAAAUCA